AUGAAAGUCUUUCGAUUUCUCUUGGCUCUUCUACUUUUGAGCGUAAUUUUCCAUCAGCAAACGAAUUGUCAAAGUGUUGAUUUAACACCAUGCACAUCUGGACAAUGGAUCGCGUGUGGUAUUGCUGUCGGCACAGCUGUUUACAACAAGUACCAUUCGUGGAGUGAUGUUGACACAAAACAAGCUUUUGGCACAACUUGUUAUUCACAAUUCAAAGGCGGUUUUCAUCGUUGGGAAUGGAAGUGGAGCGGUAAAUUCUGGUGUCCAUCAUUAAGUUCAACUAUUCAGGGUGAAAGUACACAAUGGAAAAGUCGAACUGGGGCUAUCGAACAUGCUAUUCAAGAUUAUGUCACGAAAAUGACACAAGCUGGAUUGCUCACAGUUAACCAACUCAAGUUAGAAUCCUUAGGAGUCGUCACAACUUCAAAAAAACCCGGUGCGCACCUUCCUGGGCGACCAUGGGUAUUGGUUCAAGAAUAG